UUGGUGGUGGCAUAAAGACCUCGUAGUGUCGUAGAGUCGUAUACCUCACCAGAAGAAUCAGUAAACCCCACCUGAAGUAUUUUAGUGUUAUUUGUUGUUACUUACUUUGUCGAGUUUAAAACAUUACCUUUGCACAUACUUACAUGUGGUUAAAUAUUGUUUAGUAUAAUAUUCACUUUGUAUGUGUGAACAGUGAUUUUAAAAAUUAUUAAAAAAUUUUUUUUUUUUUAAACAAUCUUCACAAAAACCAGUCUGCCAACUUUUACCAUACAUUGUUGUAAUAUAUAUAUAGACGAUAGUCAAUAGUCAAUUUUUAAACAGUUCGUUAUUUGUUAUUUCUCGCGGUCGCGCAAAAGUGUUUUUGGAAAUCGUGCGAGUAACGUUUUCGAAUACAGUUCGUUAGCGUUAACUUUCGUUAAUUGUUUUGAAUAUAUUUUUUUUGUACUUAUGUGUUGUUAGUAAACAAUUUUUAACCAUUGUGCUUUUUGUUGAUCAGUUCGCAUCAGUAUAGGUUGAUACGUUAAAUAUACGAAAAUGACAGCUUCAGAUAAUCCUAAAACAGCUGGUGGUGGAGCUGAAGGUGAUAAAGGCGGCGGCACACAUCAAUCACAACAAGUGUAUACAGUAUCGGUAACCGGUACCGGAUAUCAUAACGAUGGCUUUAAACCUGAUAAUGAUUUAAUGAACAUUGAUAAUGACAUAAUUAAACCAUUACCCCAACCAGAUCAACAAAGUAUUAAAGUGAAAUUAACACCUAGUGAAAAAUGGCGUAUAUUAAAAAAUAUAGCGGCUGUAUCAGCUGCAUUUAUGGUACAAUUUACAGCAUUUCAGGGUACAGCUAAUUUACAAUCAUCAAUUAAUUCUAAUGAAGGUUUAGGUACAGUGUCAUUAAGUGCAAUCUAUGCAGCAUUAGUUGUUAGUUGUAUAUUUGUACCAACGUUUGUUAUAAAACGUUUAACUGUAAAAUGGACAUUAUGUUUAUCAAUGUUAUGUUAUGCACCAUAUAUUGGUGCACAAUACUAUCCAAAAUUUUAUACAUUAGUGCCAGCUGGUGUAUUGUUAGGUAUUGGUGCUGCACCCAUGUGGGCAUCAAAAGCAACAUAUUUAACACAAUGUGGUGGUGUAUACGCGAAAAUUACCGAUCAACCUGUUGAUGCAAUUAUUGUGAGGUUUUUCGGCUUCUUCUUCUUGGCAUGGCAAACAGCUGAAUUAUGGGGAAAUUUAAUUUCAUCUUUAGUUUUAUCAUCGGGAGCACAUGGAGGCGGUGGUCAUGGAAUGAACGUAAGCAAAGCUGUGACAGACGAUGCAUUGAAAUAUUGUGGUGCUAAUUUUUGUGUCAUGGGAAAUCAUGGCAAUGAUAAUUUAGAAAGGCCGCCAGAUGGCGAAAUAUAUGAAAUUAUGACCAUAUAUUUAAUUUGUGUUGGUGUUGCUGUUAUUAUGGUUGCCUGUCUUGUCGAUCCAUUAUCAAGGUAUGGUGAAAAACAAAGACGCAACGAUUCAAGUGAAUUAAGUGGAAUUCAAUUAUUAUCAGCCACUGCUUACCAAUUAAAGAAACCAAAUCAACAAUUACUUAUACCAAUAACUGUAUGGAUUGGUAUGGAACAAGCAUUUAUUGGUGCUGACUUUACACAGGCUUACAUUUCAUGCGUGUUGGGGAUAUCAUCCGUUGGCUACGUCAUGAUAUGUUUUGGUGUAGUUAAUGCCAUAUGUUCCUUAAUAUUUGGAUCAGUAAUGAAAUAUAUUGGUCGUAUACCAAUUUUAGCGUUAGGCGCUGUUGUACAUGCUGGUUUAAUAUUUGUGUUAUUGGUAUGGAGGCCACAUCCAAAUAAUCCAAUUAUAUUCUUCCUAAUAUCUGGUUUAUGGGGUGUUGGUGAUGCUGUUUGGCAGACGCAAGUUAAUGGAUUAUAUGGUACAUUAUUUAGAAGAAACAAAGAGGCAGCAUUCUCAAAUUAUCGUUUAUGGGAAUCAGCUGGAUUCGUUGUAGCAUAUGCAUAUUCAACACACUUAUGUGCACGAAUGAAAUUAAAAGUUAUGUUUACAGUAUUAGUAAUUGGUGUUAUUGGUUAUAUUAUUGUUGAAAUUUUACAUAAAAGAAAGGUGGCUCGUCAAAAGAGGCUAUCGGAAGAUCCUAAAGCAGCCGUAGCAGAAGCCCAAGCAAAUCCUGGUUAUGUGGAAGAAACAGAUGAUGAAAAAGAUGACCUUGAUGAUGAAAUUAUCGUUACUCAUUUGUAAAAGACAAUCACUGAUUAUUAUACGAGGAUAAUUGAUUUGAAAAUGAUUCGAGUAAAAUUUAGAUGAAAAUUUUAUUCCUUGGACACAUCCAUGAAAUUAGUGAAUCCAGUUAUAUAAUAAUUAUAUUAUAUAUUUAAAUGAAUAUAUGAAUAUAAAAGUUACAUCAUAUAUACCGAUUGGAAAACUCAACAUCAACAAGAAUCAAAUUUUUAUUCAUUAAUAAAAACAAAAAUAGUGGAUGAAAAAUACGUAUUUCAAAAAAUAACGUAAUAGGAAAGAACAUUAACAAAAUAAAAACUAAAUAUUACUAGAAAUAUUAUAGAAAGUGAAUUUAGACAUAAUUGUUAUUGUUAAACACAGUUUAUUUGUAAUAA